ACUUCCCGUGUCAACAUACACGAGUGCAAUAUUAGCCGCAAUGGAAUACAACACUUAGAUCAGUCGCUUAUCUACAAACCUUACGAGUAGUUGCGUGUUCAAGAUGGAGAACCAACCGUUAUGGGCCGCUUUUGUCGCCAUUCUCGUAUUCUAUGCGUCGACUUUAAUCUUGGAAGGACAGGCUCUGCCUGAUGAUGAACCCGAGCACAAAUAUGUCCCGGUUAACAGCAAGCAGAUGGAACAGUUGCUUGCCAGCUCCAACGACAGUCAGUCCAAUGUUACUGGUCUCAAUACCACAACUAGAUCUACCACCACCCAGAAGACGACCACGCCUGAGGAGCCGGCCUUUCUCCCCGGGGCCGGAGCAGACGAGGAGGAGCACAGCAGCAGCCUCACCUUGUUUUUCAUCAUUUUAGUUGUUGCCAUCGCCAUAUUGAUUGUACAUAUGUUACUGGCGACCAAGUUUCACUAUCUACCAGAGAGUAUUGCAGUCAUCCUCCUUGGUGCACUGAUAGGCCUUGUAUUGAAGAUAUUUAAAGCAGGAAACUGGAGGAAUGAAGAAGCCUUUAGCCCUACAAUAUUUUUCAUCGUUUUACUGCCACCAAUUAUAUUUGAAUCUGGAUAUAAUUUACACAAGGGAAACUUUUUCCAGAACAUCGGUUCCAUCCUGAUAUUUGCUAUAUUUGGGACGGUAAUAUCUGCCAUGGUAGUAGGAGGCGGUAUCUACCUACUGGGACGGGCUAAGAUAGCGUAUGAGCUGGACUUAGUGGAGAGCUUUGCGUUUGGUUCGCUGAUAUCUGCGGUCGACCCAGUAGCCACCCUGGCUAUCUUCCAUGCUCUGGACAUCGAUCCUAUCCUGUACAUGUUGGUGUUUGGGGAGAGUGUUCUCAACGAUGCCGUCUCUAUAGUACUCACAAAGACGGUGUUGGAGUUUAACCAGCCUGGCGUUGUAGUAACCAGUGGUGUACAUGCCUUUUUCACUGCUGUUGGGCGAUUCUGUGUGAUGUUCCUCGCCUCCUCAGCCAUUGGCUUUAUCUUCGGCCUUGUUAGUGCUAUGUUGUUAAAGUUUGUUGACUUGAGGAAGACACCGUCCCUGGAGUUUGGCAUGAUGUUGGCGUUUUCUUACCUGCCGUACGCCCUGGCCGAGGGCAUCCAUUUAUCAGGCAUCAUGGCUAUACUUAGUACUGGUAUCGUGAUGUCCCACUAUACCCAUCUCAACCUGUCCCCGGUCACACAGAUCACCACCCAGCAGACGUUCAGAACCAUCGCUUUCAUGGCAGAAACCUGUGUGUUUGCCUACCUGGGUCUGGCAUUUUUCAGUUUCAAGCUCAUAGUGAAGCCUGCCUUUGUGAUAUGGAGCAUUGUCUUGAUUCUGUUUGGUCGAGCUUUAAAUAUAUUUCCUUUGUCCUUCCUGCUCAAUUACUUCCGUGAACACAAGAUAACACGAAAGAUGCAGUUUAUCAUGUGGUUUAGUGGGUUACGAGGUGCCAUUGCAUUUGCCUUGAGCCUUCACCUGGAAUUUUCUCCCGAGAAGCGCUACGUUUUAGUAACAUCUACUCUGAUUAUUGUCCUCUUCACCGUCAUGUUCCUAGGGGGCGCCACUAUGCCCAUGAUGAAGCUACUUAAUGCAAACAAAACAAAGAAAAAGAAGAGUAAGACUGCUGUGGAGGUCUCACUGAGUAAAACCAGGGAAAUGGGUGAUGCUGUCGACUCAGAGCUUCUGUCUGAGUUAACAGAGGAGGAAUACGAAGUUAGUUUUACAAGCAAACCUCAAUUGAAGGGAUUUCUCAGGUUUGAUGCUAAAUACCUGAUGCCUUUCUUCACAAGACGCUUCACACAACAGGAGGUGCGUGAGGGGCGGACACAGAUGGAUUACCUCACCAACCAAUGGUCUAAGGAUCUCAGGGCGGCACCCUCCGAGUCUGACUCUGACGAAGAGGUGGAGACAAGCCUCAUCAACCGGGAGGAGGUACAGCAUCACUAGGGGGAGCCAGCUGUAGGCUGACAAUCAGGAUUAAUUCCAGAGGGCACCACCAGUGUGAUGGUAAAACAGACACCAGAGGGCGCCUCCAGUGUAAUGGUAAAACAGACACCAGAGGACGCCUCCAGUGUAAUGUCAGGACAGACAACAGAGGUCAUCACCAGGGUGAUUGACACAGCAGACGUUUAGGGAGUACCACCACAGACACGGAAAGGGCUCAAGUGUAGACAGUCCUGUGUACCACCAGAGGACUGACCGUGUGAACUGUCCAUGGGUGAUCUAGGCUAGAAGUGGAGACUACCAUUUUCCUGAAAUGUGGAAUAGGUUUUAAGACAUAUGGGGAAGUUUUCCUGUUUUUGUUGUACAAAUGAAACUUAUUCUUAUCAGUGAAAAUGAUAAAAUUGGUAAAACAAUUGACAUAUUGUUCAAAUCAUUUAUACCAGUAUCAUUUUCAUUUUUGAUUAAUUAAUCUUUGGACAAAUUAUUAUGAUAAAUUCAAAGGGGGGGGGGGGAAGAUUACCCAUAAAUAAAAUAAAAAAUGGCCCAGAUUUAUCUCCGUGAAGUGGCCAUGUAUGACACUGGAGGACUGAUGAAGUAGGACUGCCCUGUAGGACACAAAGCAUACUGUUCAGAAUGCUUUCUUUUCUUCAGUAUUUUGACUAUAGUUCCUAGGUUGGUAUCAUAAAAUUAUCCUGUUGCAUUUAUUCACAUGCAGUUUUUUUUAAUUAUCCAAAUGUAUUUUAUGUUGUCGAUAAGUUAAAGACCGAGCUACAAUGUGUUAUACGGAUGAAUUGUAUAUAUGUAUGAUAUUCCCAAAUACUUACCGGUAAUGUGUAUAACGUGUAUGUUCUGUAUCAGGUGUAUGUACUGUCCAUUUUGUGUGAGAGAUUAACGAUUAGGUGUACAUAAAGACACAUCAAGAGGCGGAAUCUGUUGGUGUGGUGUGUAGUUGUUAGGUAUGUUUUUACCAUGAUGGGUAUUGUCUGGUGAUGAUGAUCGGUCGUUGUGUAGAAGUUUGUAUAUAUUGGAUGUAAGACUUACACCGUAUAACAGCAUUUCCUGAUCACAAAGCGUACCAUUUGUUUUGUUUUAGAUAUACAGUAUUAUAUACUUCAGUUUCUGUGAUGUAGGUAAUGGAGACAGGUGGGAUACUAUAUACACGUACUAAGGUUAGGAUUACCAAAGACGUUUCCUGAUAGAACUAGAACACCAUCCUCUUAAACAAAGUACCCUAUUGUUGAGAUCUCCCACUGUCCACAUGACAGGGACUGGCUUUGGUCUACAAUAAUGGUCUAAAAUAAUGGCCUGGUCUCAUAAAACAAUAAGUUAGUUAUCACGCCAGUUGAUAAUACAUUUAUUAUUUAAUUUGUUGAAAUUUUAACACAAAUUUUUCCUGUUGAGCACCUACAUAUAUAUUUAUCGUCCAAAAUUAUGUAAAACAAACUAUGCAUAGCAGUGACUGUACCAAUUCACUGAUGUGUUGACUGACAAUGAUCUGAUAGGUGUAAUUAUUUCAUUAGUAAUCCAUUACUACAUGAAUGCUGAAUGACUGUUCUAUAUCCUGAUCGUACAUGUGUCCUCAGUUGAUACGGGGAUGGAAAGCUUGGUCUUGGUCUUGGUUAAAACUUUCAUCACUGUUUUUUAUUUCAUCGGUUGUACACAUUUUGUUCAUUUCCCACAAUUUUAGAUUCAUUAUGAAAAGAUAUAUACAUGCACUGGAUGUAAAUAUGUAGUAUUUUUGCUAAUAUGUAAUGUUAGUUUACAGAGGAAGCCAUAUUUUUGCUACAAAUGAUGUGUGUGUUUUUAAUCCGAGUGUAUUACAUGUAUGUAUCUGUUUGUUAGCUGGACAUUAUGACAGCUCUAUGUACUCCAAUCAUUAUGUACCGACGUUACAUGUCACUAGUGUAAAUGAAGCUGUUGCUCAUUUUUUAUGUGUCAUUGUAUUCAAAUCAAAGUUAGAUACCCAACUUUAUUAUAGUGUGUUACCCUCAUUUUGAUAGGCUGUGUCCCAUAUUAUUAGUUUGUCACACUCAUUCUGAUUGGCCGAGUCCCAUAUUUUAUUAGUUUUGGCUAAAGUAUAUUUUCCUCAGGUUUUCAAUGGGAGUAAAUCUUACAACACCAUAUCAACAGUAAGUACCCAAAUAUAGCUUAGAUUAGAGGUAUGUUUUCCUACCAGAGCAUGGAAGUAUUGCAAAACUCAAGAUUCGAUUCAGUUAAGUAUUAUUGAAAUUGACGUUAAUUUAAGUGUGAAAGAUUUGUUUUUAAUGAAGUAAUCCAAUCACUGUCAGAUUUAAUUAAGCAAUGAAUGUUCCAGCAAAUGUUGUUAUGGUUAAGCAAUGAAUGUUCUAGCAAAUGUUGUUAUGGUCCUAUAACACACAUUGCUAUUUAUGACAAACUUAAUAAAGCCCUUGGCUUUAUGCAAGUUUUUCAGCAAUAGAAAUGUGUGUUAUAGGACAAUAAAAACAUUUGC